AGAAGAAGAGAGAGAGAGAGUGCAUGCAUGUGCAUGUGUGUACGCAUAACAAAUUUCCUUUCUCCACCUCUUGUUCAUUACUAUAGCUGCUAUUCGUAGCAGUUGCUUUACCUUUAAUAAUUCCUUUACUUUCCAGUAAUUUCCCUGCUGUUUUCUCCUCCAUCUUUGCGCUGCAUUUUCCCUUGCACAGGAGUGGUAACACAUUUGCAUGUGAAGCAAGCAAGAGAGCAAGCGAGCUGGGUGGCGUUUGGUGUGAAGAGGAGGUGCAUGGUGGUGGCGGCAUGGCUGAUCUGCAUUAGCUAAGCUACUCUCACUCACUAGAGGAGAGCGUAGUGCUGGCCUUUGAGCUCAGCUUGCCGGCCGAGCUCUAGUCAAAGCGACUGUCUCUUUGUUUUCUUCUGCUCCGCCUCGCCUCGCGGCUGACCUCAGCGGCCGCGCCACUGCCACUGCUGCCAACCUGCUUCUUCUGCUUUAGAGCCUAGAGCAGCAGCGGCGCGAGCUAGAUCUGACCAAAAUGGAGGCCAAGGACGUCUCGCCGCUCGUCGCCGCCCCGGCCGCGCCUGCAGCCGCCGCGGCGCCUGCUCCGCCGCCCGCGCCGGCUUCUCAGCCUCCGCAGGCGCCGCCGUCUUCCAUGCCGCAGCCGUUUGCGCACCAGGCGCCGGUUGCGGCUCCGGCCGCGAGCCCUGCGGCGGCGGCGGCGCCCAUGCCCGGUGGUGGCAUGCGGCUGUCGUUCGACCAGAUGGCGGGUAAGGCCCCCGGGGAGCACCACCCGGGCCCCAUGCUGUACGCGGCGGCGCCGGCCGGCGCCGCCCCGCCGCAGGGCGGCAAUGUGAUGGGGAUGGGCGAGCUGAUGCGCAAGAAGCGUGGCCGCCCGCGCAAGUACGCGCCCGACGGGAGCAUGGCCCUCGCGCUCGCCCCCAUCUCCUCCGCCUCCGGCUCCCCCGCGCAGCCGCCGCCGGGGCACCAGCCGCACGGCUUCUCCAUCAGCAGCCCGGCGUCCGACCCCAACGCCAAGCGGCGCGGCCGGCCACCCGGCUCCGGCAAGAAGAAGCAGUUCGAAGCCCUAGGAUCAUGGGGCAUCGCCUUCACUCCUCACAUCCUCACCGUCAAGGCCGGCGAGGACGUCGCUUCAAAAAUAAUGGCCUUCUCACAGCAAGGUCCUCGCACCGUCUGCAUUCUUUCAGCGAAUGGUGCAAUAAGCAAUGUGACGCUUAGGCAGCCAGCUACAUCUGGUGGACUUGUGACAUACGAGGGCCGGUUUGAGAUCAUCUCUCUAUCAGGUUCUUUCCUGCUUGCAGAGGAUGGUGACACUCGCAGCAGGACUGGUGGUUUGAGUGUUGCUCUCGCUGGAUCUGAUGGCCGAGUUCUGGGUGGAUGUGUAGCUGGAAUGCUGAUGGCGGCGACCCCUGUUCAGGUUGUUGUGGCUAGUUUCAUCGCGGAAGGGAAAAAAUCGAAGCCUGCUGAGCCUCGGAAGGUUGAACCGAUGUCCGCCCCUCCACAGAUGGCAACCUACGUGCCAGCUCCGGUGGCCAGCCCGCCAUCGGAGGGCACAUCCAGUGGAUCAUCCGACGACUCAGGCAGCCCGAUCAACCACAGCGGGAUGCCGUACAACCACUCCGGGCAGCACCAGCAGCAGCAGCACCAGCACCAGCACAUGCCCCCUGCGUACGCAUCAGGCGGCUGGUCGCUCUCGGCUCAUCAUCAGAACAGGCACGACUCUGACAUGAAGAUGAUGUCGAACUAACUCUCUGCUUGGCCUUGAGGCGCCCCAUUUGUUUGGUUGGGCUGAAGAAGGAGCUGAUGGAUGGACAUGGUACCCCUGCUAGUGAGCUAGCUAGGAGAUUUAGGAAACCAUGGUGGUGAUGGUGAUCUCAGAGAUGUGUUGUUUUUCUGGAGUUAAGAUUAAUUUAGGCGAUGUUGUAACGCUGUAGCUGUCAUAAUUAAGCAUCCUCUCCUCUAACGCAAGAGUUUGUUAUGUGUACCUGUGAUGCACUGAUGCCUCUGCCUGCUGAGACCUUCACCUCCUAGGCUAGUAGUCUACUACAGACUUGUGGAUCAUGAAUUCACUUGAAUGCUUUGAUUUGAAUUCGAGAACUCUUUAGGUUGUUUUUGUUGUCUAAUACCGUACUGCGAUAUCAUGUCUGAGAAAUAUAUACUUGCAGUUGCACAAAAAAGAUUGGACAUGCU